AUGGCUCAAGCUUGCAACGCCACACCCAAAAUUUCAUGCGGAGUCGUUCCUUCUCGUAUGGAUGCAGAGAGCCAGCAACGAGCAGCUAGUCUGAAGGUCGAGGGUACGAGGAGUUGGGCAGUCAUCCGUGGAGCGCGAAAGUCCGCCUUGAUCUACGUUGCACGGCACCCGAUCCCCGAUGCAAGGGCCAGAGUGUCAGGGUCCAAUGCAGUAUCGGCUCCAACCCUGGAAACGCUUCACUUCACGCUUUGGGCAAGACUAGCAGGGAUCCAUAUUGCAGAUGCAAAUCUACUGUUCGUAUGUGCUCUGCGAGAUGAAGCGCAUAUCCCCGCUUGCACCUCUGACAUUGGAAAUGCAAUCACUACCAAUAAGGAGGCGAACUGCGAAUGGAAGUCAUUGGCGCAGCUCAACAAUCCACAAGCAAACAUUGUGAAGCCAAUUCGUCCCCUUUUUGGUGUCACCCACUGUGUCGUGGCCCUCCCCCAACCCUCGAUAAUUGAGCCGUACCAAAAGGCUCGUACCACAAGGAGAGCUGGGUAG